AUGGUAAGUAUUCGGGAUAAUUUCACCGGAUCGUUAGACCAAAGAUGGAACACGACGUCGAUAGCGGAUAUAACGAUGGACCGGACCUUCGCCCUGCUCCUGUCUCUAAUAUCCGCUAUCCUCUGGGUAGUUUAUAUAACGUACUACAACAGCCGUGUCCUCGGAUACAUACUGACCAGGCUCAUCAACAAGUUCUACUUCCAAGAUGAGAACUUCAAGAUUGGUUCAUUCACUCUCAAUGCCUUGUCAGGGAAGAUCAUGUUCCGGGACAUAGUGUACAUAAACUACGACUACACGCUGCGCAUUCAGGAUGGAUAUCUCAUAUUCAGGUGGUGGCGGUCUUACGUGCCCAAAGAUGUCUCAGAAGAUCUAUCACACUCCGACACCCGCCUAUCUAUAAUGCUGAACGGUUUCGAACUCCACUUCUACAAUCGAUGCGACCUGUAUAACGAGCUUGAAAAGACGUUCGGCCUCGACUCCGUCAUCAAGCAGCAGAACAACGACGACUCGACCGACAGAGAUAAAGCGAUGAACGACGCAAACGAGAAAAGAAGACGGGCGCAGGAGACCGUCAGGUCAGAGGCGGCGAUGGCCAGGACCUGGCGGGAUCUUAUCCCCGUCAUCAAAAUAGACAUCUGCUCUGGCAGAAUAGUGUUUGGUAAUCGUCUAGUCCCCACGACACUUUCGAUAAGUAUUGAGGAAUCUCACCUGGUAUACAGUACAAAGCCCCCGGCCUCCAGCCUGGAUCACCUAAUGCAUUUUGUAAAAGCUAAGGCGGAGAACUGCAAAGUCAUGCUGGCGCCCAGUCCGAAUUACACGUCCAUGGUAGACGAACCCCCGCGGUAUAUGGGCGAAGGGUUCGUGGUGAUGAGUUCGAAUUACAUCGAGGUGUACUUCUACAUGGAUGAGCCAGGUCUGGUGCCAGAACAACCUGUGUUACUGCAGUUGGCAAAUGGAGAUAUAGUGGAAUCAGCACCACCUAUUUGGGGAGUGGACAUCAAAUGCGGAAAGGGCACAGAUUUCAGUUACGGACCUUGGGCGGAUCGGCAAAGAGAUCACUUGUUCAAAUUUUUCUUCCCACCGAAUUAUAAAAAUUUAGAAGUGACGCCACAGCCUAAGCCGGGUGAUAGAAGGCAGAUGCAGUCGUUCGACAUUCGAUUAUCGACUUUAAACGAAGCUACUAUCGAUAUCCUUUUCACAAAAAACAAAGAGACUAAUGCUGUCCAUAUAAAUAUUGGUGCUGGAUCAUAUCUUGAAGUAACUCUUCCAUGGAUAGUAUUGCAAGAUGGAUAUACAACUAAAAUCACAGGACAACUCUUGCAUUUAGAAGCUACCACUAGUCUGCAAUACAGAAGUUUGGCGGAGAGCGAAACCUUAGAGUACACAGUGAAGUGCCACUAUCCUCUAGUGUGGAAUCAUCAUCAAUGCUGGCAGCUAGGUUUAACAGGAUGCAAAGCCACAACUCACCUUGUCUACACCCACAUCGACUUCUUUCAAGAUCUCAUAAACGAUUGGGCGUCUAAAGCUCGGCCUGAUAUUCUCCACUUCGUCCCAUACACAUGGAAAAUAUCUCUUCUGCUGAAGGAGUGUGAGGUUGUAACAGUAAGCAAUCAGUACAAUUGGAUAGACUGUAGUUCUACUAAUCAAGAAAAUAAUCAUGUGGCAUUUUGUGGGGAUCUUCUGGACGUAUCUUUUGAUCUCCCCUUUGUCGACUUCUUGCCUGACGUCAUACCAUUGAAGAUCUGGGUUCAAGGCGAGGCUGUUGACAUGAGCCUGUACUUGCCUGAAGUGAAUACCUCAAGGUUACUACUUUUGUCCAUUGACAAAAACAUGAAGCUUGUCCCCUGCAGGCUAAAGGCGUCGAAAUGGAGGAGAAAAUGCGUUAAAUCCCAGGGUUGGGUAGACUGCUGGUCUGUUCCAAUCGUUGCUUUAAGUGUUAGGUACAAUUACCACCCGAUUCCCCCAUUGGGACCCGAACCACAAGCAGAUAUCACUACUCCAGAGAAAGAGGAGAUCCUCUUGUCUCCAAUGAGGAUUCCGAGGAUUAGGAAACAGCCUCAGAUCAACUGGACGAUAGAUGGGAACAAAUUUGACAGGACCACUCUUCCACCAGACAAGGUGAGCGUGGAACUUGAGGUGGGGCCAUCGAUUCUGUUGGCUUACGGAACUAUCAUCACAAGCUUCAUGAACUUGCUAGAGAACAUAUUCGGGGAAGACCAGACGUUCACGGACAUGCAGAGGUCUCCCAACAUUGAUACGUUUUAUUGGACAACAGAGAACACUACAAAGAUGAAUGACAGGAGCAGUAUUAACCAGCAUACAGACAUAUCGAUCGAUGAUACUUCAGAUACCAGCAAAGGUCCGUUCGACCCUAGGCGGUACAGACCUCUGGACGUCACAGUAUCAAUAAUAAUUCAUGAUAUCCAAGCGCAUCUUGUGAAGAACUGCAGUGAGAACGAACCACCAUGUCCAGUAGUCCUCAUAGAAAGAUUUGGUUUUGAAAUGGACAAAAGCUUCAGGGAGACCAAACUGCAGUUGCUGCUCAGUCCGUCCAUAUUGGUUUCGUCAAAUAACUUGUCAAGGCCAAACCCAGCUAAUUCUGGACCCUUAUAUCAAGGCCACUUAAUGCUAUCUUCGUUCCAGUUGCGAGGGAAUGGGUUUUUCAGUGACUCUAAUCGUACUGUUGAAGAAGAUACUGUGGAAUAUGCUUGGAUGAUGGAACUCCAAUUAGGACAGCUAACUGGACGUCUGACGUUACCGCAGCUGUACCAAAUCAUAUCAUCUCUAGAGACAUUCCUGCUUCUCAUUUGUGAUAACGAAAAUGAGUUGGUACCCCCAAACCCAACUAAGCAAUGCCACCAUGGAUUAAAUACCAAUAUGUGUUCAGAAACAGAUAUGACUUUGAAGUACCGAUGUCCCACUGCCAACGAGAUUAAGUACAGGAUGAUUAGAGUUGCCAUCGACCUCAUCGACAUUUAUGUGGCUGAUUCCAACACCACCUUGCAGACGUGGAUAUCGCCAAUAAGAUUGAGCUUCUGUAAUCUCCACGGAGCUGGGUUUGGAACUGGCGUGACUGGGUUGUUGCCUAAUAUAAAAAUGGCACUGUACACCCAAACUAACAUGCAGACAAACACACACCAUCAUUCGAACGGGAGUAACAGUAGUCAUAUUAAACAGACUGAAAGUGAAAACUGGGUUGGGGUUGGAUCAGUAGCUUUAGGCCCUCUGUUGAUAGAAGCUGCCUCAUCAUUACCACAGACCCCGAAGAACUUGCAUCUAGUCCAGCAAAAGUUCUUAAAACAGCACGACGAUAAGACGAAACGCUUGUGGUUUUUGUGGCCUAAUGAAGGCAGGACCUCGCAAUGCGGCUGCACUGGAGGAUGCGCAUUCUUUGGCUCCAACAGAAAUGGUGCGAAUUUCUUAAAACCAAACCCAACCGACUUAAACGAGGGUAUAAAUAUUGCCAUAUUCAAUAUCAUAGAAAAUACGCCAGGAGAAUAUGGCUACGGACAGAGCUUGCUACAUGCCGGCCAGUUGGUGUUUCACACUCCACCAUACAAUACUUUGAAUGUGUGCUUGCAACCCACUAACGUGGCAACUCUUAUCCCAUCACCACUACCUCAGAACCUGAACAAGUCUCCCCAAAGCGUGGAGCGUCGAAGUUUAACUAGGAGGUUCUCGUACACCAGCAUGAACAAAGGUAGUAAUAACAUCCUAGUGUCGAGCACUAAAAGCGAUGUUCCCUACGCCCGGUUGGUUGACUCCACUGUUCCUCUGGGAACAUCCAAGAUCGACAGUGACUCCAAAUUAAAUAAGACGAUAUUGAACGUGCCUCAAAUGGAAAGCAGUGUAUCCGACUCCAAAUUGGCUUUAAGUUGCGUUGCCAAGGAGCAUCCGAACAUAACAACCAAGAAGCCAGUUCCCCCUGAUAGUGAGACCUUUGUAGUGCCGAAAGUACCAGCAAGAGUUGUCGGUGUAUCAGAGUCGCAUUACUCCUUGAACUCUCAGCCUCCUCAAGAAGAUACUUUGGCCCAGGAAGUCCAGAGAACUAUGUCUAUCAACAGCGAGAACCACUCUGAAGCUUUCUUUUCAGCUGAUGAAGAUAUGUUUCCAAGUCGCUCUUCCAGUCUGAAACAUUCCUUCGGCAGUCGCCAUAGCAACCCGAAGGACAAGAGUUCCUUCGGGAUUAACGAUAUCACAACGAAUGAGAAGUGGAACGCCACUAUGCCUAAAUCAGAGGCGGUGGACCUGCCAGACACAAUAAGCAAUCUUAGCACGGGAGUACAGCCUGAUUCGGAGAGCGGGUCCGUAUCGUCGACGUCGUUCAUAUCGGCGAUAUCUUCUCAGGAGGAUAUGACAUUAGUGAACCUUCACAUGCAGACGAACAAACCAAUAGUAGACUCCCCACUCUUAAUGGCCAGUUACAUGCAUAACUUGCCUCAGUAUAAGUGUAGCAAUUGGCAUACAUGUUCCCUGCCAAGCGGAAGUGACGUAUUCACGCUACCACUAUUCAAAAGAGCUGAUGACGGUACGUUAGUCUAUGUCGGUCAACGAUACUUGCCUAGCUUUGAACCCAUGGGCAAGAUCAAUAUUCUGAAACUCAUCGCUAAGAAAGAUCCUCAUAAUAAUCAAGGUCAGCACGGUCCAUACUCGAAUUUGACGCCGCAUUUCAACUCGCAAAUUAAGGCGCAUCCAUAUCCCCAAGGCUGGUGGGACGUCCAGCAGAACGUGCAGGACAACCAGGAGAACACGACGGAGAAGAGUACCACAUCGACCGCAACCACCACAAGCGACAGCAAGAGCGGUUUGUUCGUGAAGUUACGCGGCGAAAUAGACGUGAUGCUGACACCGCUCGUUCUAGAAAGUACGCAGAAGUUCGUCGAGUCUUUAACACCAGUAUUGGCGAACAUUCAUCCGAUAACUGUGAUUAAUCAUUUACGCCUACUCUGCAUUUCCUCAGUGGAAAGCUCGAACAUUCUAAAACAAAAGCAGUACAUCCACAACUGGCUGCCGCAGAUGGAGGGUCGUAACCAGACGAAUGUGAUACAAGACAAGGACGACAAAUGCAAACUGGCAACCAUACCGCACUCCAACGUGUACGAGGAAACCAUUUGCGACCAACUUCAAGCGACAGUGACUGUGCCCAAAGUGAACAUCAUAUUCAUACAAUCGUCGGUAGUGGAGGACAUGAUAUCUUUUUCUGCAUUGGACAAUAUUCAGGACCUGACUUGCGUGUCACUGUUUGGUGUGUCCAUAGACAAUAUCAUAGCGAAGUAUGUGAGUUCUAGGAAGACGUUGGAGUCGGUGCAGUUGUACUACCGGCCUACGUUACGUGCGCUGGGCAGUAAGAAGUCUUUCGGUAUAAUGAAGGGUCCGCGCGCGUUGAUCUCUGCGCAGUCGGCGAGGAAGCGUGGACCGGAGAAGGGCGAGCCGGUGUACAUCGAGACAUCGCAGCAGCAGUGUGAGGACACCACCAUCACAUUGAAUAUCGGUAAAGUCCACGGUCAACUUCGGCGCAUACGCAACGAAUCUUCCCAGUUAAAGGACGCGACAGUGACCGGCAUCCCGUGCCAACAUUCCAAAGUGUCGUUCAAGUUCAUCAAAGUCGAUUCUUGCGCGAAGGGCUGCGAGUCAAUGUGUUGUCAAAACGGAGCCCAAGAACCGCAGAAGGAUCUUCCAAUAGGCUACAUAAUGUUUGAGUGCGGGCUCGAGGGCGUCUGCAUCAAGGACCUCUGGUAUAGAGGAGUUGUUCAGGAAGCGGGAUUCCAAUUCCAAACCCAGCACUCGAACCUGGGAACGACUCAGCAACCCCCCGUGCCGCCGGAGCCGUCCACACCGGGACCUGAUGAGCCGUCCAAUGAUAGUAAUGCUACUGUGGUGCCUAUUAAGGAUAAUGGGAAUACAACCUCUUGUUCAAUUGAUUUGAAAGUGGUGUGGUUCAACUUCGCCGCGCCUCCUCGCACGCCUAUAACCAAGAAGAUUGAUUAUACAAGACUGGACUGGAACCUCCUCAGCACGGCGUCGCCUGCCAUCAACGCGUGGAUGAACCCGUGCAACAGACUCGGCAUUAGAGUGGUCGCUCUGUACCGAGCGUAUGCCAGGCGGCUGACCGCCACCGCUGCCAGUCUGAUGGCGGCAGCGUUGGACCUGGCUCCACAUCAUACUUUACCCAAGAGUCGGUACGGUCGUCACACGCCGAUGGCGAAGCAACUGCGCGAGGAACCAUCGCUGCAACUGUGCGCCGUGCUGUUGCGCUACGCGUUGCAAGCUGACGCUGCCGCCGUGCAGGCCGACUUGGCUGAACGACAUCUGCCGUCCCUCUCUACUUUGAGACAGGGCGUGAUAGUCCUCAGUCGCCAAUGGAAGAACAUUCUGUAUACGCCGCUGUUGUUGGAACACAACUACAAGAGCAAAGUCAUGAAGCCACUCAAUGUUACGUUUGCGUUACCUGAAUUAUUGGAGGAUUCAGUAGAAGGUUGGCAAGAGUACCAAAUCGACAACGAGGCACUCGACGAGAAUUGUCUUCUGCUGAACAUGGAUGCCGACAAAACAGAAGUUCCAGCGGCGCAGACGGCGAGCCCGCGUCCGCACUCGUUCCCGUCCACGCCGCCCUCCGCGCGCGGUGCGCAGAGCAGUCGCGCGAGCCUCAUGUUCCCCUCGCUGCCCUUCACGAGGAAACCACCGUUCCAGGACGAUGCCAUUGCUAAUUACGGCACAUUAAAAGAAGACCUGCCUACGGUUGGGUCGAACCCAUCGCUCUAUUCACCUCAUGGUAGUGAUGAGAACAUCAAGAAUGAUCGCGCCAGAGAAGACCUGUACCAAUGGAUGGCCAAACAGGAGCCAAUCAAAGUGGAGCCGAAAACUAAGAAGCCGAUCAUCCCUCCAUCUAAGAUGAACCCGCGCGCGAUGGCCACGGCGAUGCCCGCGUGCAGCCUGUACCCUUUGCAGGGUUCGCUCAUGCUGCUGGAUGCUCACCUGGUCUUCCAGCCAUUCCUGUCCGCUUUGGGAGUGUCGCCCAAUCAGGUCACGCAGGGUGAGUCUAAGAAAGAAGCCGGUUCAGGCGAGAGCGGCGGCGGCGGUGGCGGUGGUGGCAGUGGCGGGGGCGCGUCCGCCGCCGCGCUCGAGUCGCUCGGCUCCAAGCUGUCGCUGCUGGCCUGGAUGGACAUGUUCCGCAUCGACAUCGUCGUCAGCGACCUCGCCGCCAGGGACCGACGACACGCCGCCACCAAGGGGAAAGGCAAUCCAAACCACAUCGACAUACCAUCGGAGACUCCAGCGUUCCUCUGCGAGAAAGUAUCAAUCGACGUGGAUCUGAAGAAGGUGGCCGACGUGGCGGUGGACGAGCUGAUCCAGCGGCAGAACGUGCUGUACAUCUCGCGCGGACAACUCAAGAAGCACAUCAGCACCGUGCUCAACUUCAACAUCAGCAUGCGGUUCAUAUCGCAGCAGGUGAACAUGCCGCUGCUCCGGCUUCUGCAUCAGAUCAGCAACAUGUACCAGAACGUGAAGGACACUCAGAUCGAGCUCCGAAGCCAGACCAAGAUAUCGCAUCGGCAGAACAAACACACGUCCUCCUCGGUUUCAGAUUUCCGCGAAAACUUAGUCAGCGUGUCAUCUCUCGAGAAGGAUCCACAGUUCGCCACCCUAGACCAGAAGUGGGACAUGAUGCCCCCCGCCGUGAGCGAGGCGGGGGCCGCGGUGCCCCCCUCGCUGGGUCAGCAGAAGAUAGAGAGCCAGCCAGCGAGACCUCGGCCGCAAUCCUUCGCACAGAAACUACGCUCUACCGGCAAAAGCGUGAAAGGCAAGCUAGGUGUGGAGCGCCGGGCGGCGGGCUCAGUGUAUGAGGGCGCAGGGUACCGCUCGCUGAGCUGCGCGGCCGCCACGCCGCUGCCGCCCGCGCCCGACGGACAGCUGGCGCCGCGCUGCUGGCGCACCGUGUACCUGCUGCUCGACCUCUACGCCACCGUGCCCGACACGCACACCAUCACGCACAGGUACACAGUACACAGUGUGGAGCGCCGGGCGGCGGGCUCAGUGUAUGAGGGCGCAGGGUACCGCUCGCUGAGCUGCGCGGCCGCCACGCCGCUGCCGCCCGCGCCCGACGGACAGCUGGCGCCGCGCUGCUGGCGCACCGUGUACCUGCUGCUCGACCUCUACGCCACCGUGCCCGACACGCACACCAUCACGCACAGGUACACAGUACACAGUGUGGAGCGCCGGGCGGCGGGCUCAGUGUAUGAGGGCGCAGGGUACCGCUCGCUGAGCUGCGCGGCCGCCACGCCGCUGCCGCCCGCGCCCGACGGACAGCUGGCGCCGCGCUGCUGGCGCACCGUGUACCUGCUGCUCGACCUCUACGCCACCGUGCCCGACACGCACACCAUCACGCACAGGUACACAGUAGUGGAGCGCCGGGCUGCGGGCUCAGUGUAUGAGGGCGCAGGGUACCGCUCGCUGAGCUGCGCGGCCGCCACGCCGCUGCCGCCCGCGCCCGACGGACAGCUGGCGCCGCGCUGCUGGCGCACCGUGUACCUGCUGCUCGACCUCUACGCCACCGUGCCCGACACGCACACCAUCACGCACAGGUACACAGUACACGGUGUGGAGCGCCGGGCGGCGGGCUCAGUGUAUGAGGGCGCAGGGUACCGCUCGCUGAGCUGCGCGGCCGCCACGCCGCUGCCGCCCGCGCCCGACGGACAGCUGGCGCCGCGCUGCUGGCGCACCGUGUACCUGCUGCUCGACCUCUACGCCACCGUGCCCGACACGCACACCAUCACGCACAGGUACACAGUACACACUGCGCGGCCGCCACGCCGCUGCCGCCCGCGCCCGACGGACAGCUGGCGCCGCGCUGCUGGCGCACCGUGUACCUGCUGCUCGACCUCUACGCCACCGUGCCCGACACGCACACCAUCACGCACAGGUACACAGUACACAGUACACAGUACACAGUACUAUACUGUAGCGGGGCGCGCCGCAGGUGUGGAGCGCCGGGCGGCGGGCUCAGUGUAUGAGGGCGCAGGGUACCGCUCGCUGAGCUGCGCGGCCGCCACGCCGCUGCCGCCCGCGCCCGACGGACAGCUGGCGCCGCGCUGCUGGCGCACCGUGUACCUGCUGCUCGACCUCUACGCCACCGUGCCCGACACGCACACCAUCACGCACAGGUUCUCAGUGACGACGGACAUCCCGGAGCAGUACCGCAACAGCCGCGCCACCGCGCGCCCCAGCUCGCGCGAGCAGAACACCAGCAACUCCUCCUCCAGCGCCGCCAACAUGGGCAUCGUCGUCGUCGGCGUCGCCAGGAUUCAUCGGACCCGCCUCUUGGCUUCAUUAUCAGGCUUGAAGUUAGAGGCUGAGAUCACGUCAUUACAGGCUUCGUUAUCAGCUUCAAGGUCUCGCCAGUGGUCGCUGUCGGGCAACCUUGGACGCAGCAUGAUCGUGCUGCUUGAGGGUGUCGCGCCUAAUCAUCAAACUGUGGUUCGAGUCAGCGUGGGCAAGUCCCAAGCGUUAUACUCGUGGGAGGCAGGUAGACAAGGCGCCACGGCGUUGCUCAGCGUUGGAGGAGUGAGGGUCGACCUGCCUCAGCACCCGGUGGCGCUCCACGGCGUCAUGACCAGGUCCAGCAAGCAGCUGUCCUCUACAUUGCAGGAGCUGGGCGUGACGCGCACGUCGUCGCGCCUGUCGCGGCAGGGCGGGCCCGGCGGCGCCGGCGCCGAGGGCUCGUCGGAGGAGGGCUCGCCGCCGCCCGCGCCGCGCCCCGCGCCCGCGCCCGCGCCCCCGCCGCCCGACCCGCUGCUCAACCCGCUGCAUCUGCAGUUCAAUAUUGUUGUACAGAGCGUGAGCAUAACAGCGGCCCUGCUGCCGUCCCUACAAGCGCAGUACAAGAUGGAGCACGUGCACAGCGCCGGCGUGACCGGCAACAAGGCGCACUUCACCGUCGACCUGCCCACGCACUCGCUCAGCUUCGUCACCAAGCUGCAGGUGUCGGAGCCGGGCGGCGGCGGUGCGGCGGCGGGGCUGCCGCGCGCCGCGGCCGUGGCGCUGCCGGGCGUGGCGGUGGCGGCGCGCGUGGCGGAGGGCAGGGCCGCGCCGCCCGGCGCCGUGCUGCGCGCCGGCCGGCACCUGGCGGCCACGGCCUCCAUCGGCCUGUUCGAGCACACGCUGUCCACGGACCUGCUCAACCACCUGGUCUUCGUGCAGAAGGUGUUCAUGAAGGAAGUGAACGAAGUAGUGCAGAAAGUUUAUGGCGGCGAGAAACCUGUGCCGCUGUGGAACGAAGAAGAACCGACUCCGUCCGCACUCAGCAGGAUACUGUUCUCUCUUACCAUCAGAAUAAAGCGCAUCCAGCUAACAGCAACAACGCCAAGCAACUCCGCCGUCCGCCUGGAGACGGGUGCGGUGGAGUUCGAGCUGUCCAACCGCGUGCAGAACGUGCCGCAGCCCGCCGAACCGCACGGCGUACGGCUCUUCGCCAGGGCGCAGGUGGAUGUCAAUCUUAGCCUUGGACAAUUGAUAAGAAACGCCAUGUUUGAGGAAGCGGAGCCGGAGUUCCAGCAGUACGCCUUCUUCAAUACCAGGAUAGCAAUGCGUAACGCGUUCCAAGAUGAGAUGGUGUGCGGCGAGGACAAGGAAGUGGUCCUCAUCACGCUGAAGAGGCCACUCAUAUAUAUUCAGCCCGUGGCGGUCGACAAGGCCAUACUCGUCUGGCUCAACUACAAGAACGCGUACGAGUACUGGAACGAGAAACGGCUCAAUCUCAACAAGGAGGUGCUUACGGCCACUCAGCAGGUGUUUGAAAAGGUACAACUGACGUCACAAAUCACGACUCCACAUCUCAGCACGCUGUUCCUGAAGCUAGAUGUCGACGACAUUGGAAUAUGCUUACCUUUGAAUCAACCGCCUGUGUGUGGUGUCGCAUGUCCGCAGGCGGCGUGGGGCCGCAGCGGCGCGGGCGCGUGCGAGGCGGGCGAGUGCCGCGGCGCCGUGGUGGUGACGCUGGACUGCACCAGCAUCAGCGCCUGCAGCUCCGGCGCGCUGGUGUCCAAGGGCCGCUUCGUGGGGCUGUGCCUGCGCUUCGCCGACGACUUCGAGGCCUCGCUCGACGACUGGAAGCCGCCGCCCGACGAGCCCAGCGUCAACGUCUGCUGCGUCUCCGAGGGCACCUACGAGGUCUGCAGCCGCACCGCCGCCGCCAAGCACAACGAGAACGCCAAGUGGUUCCUCAACGUCUCGUGGCAAAUGGAGGGAGUCGACAUACAUCUAGACGUGAACGUGGGGAAGCAGCUCUCUGCCUUGGGACACACGCUCACCAUGCUUACAGGUUUUGAAGAGGAGGAUCCACUGAAAUUCGACUAUGAAAGUGAUUUAGAUGACGAAGCAGACAACAGCAAAGAUUCUCAGGAGAGCAUAAUCCUUCGUCGCAAAUACACGGACCACCUGCCAGCGUUCGUGUUCGACACGACGAUAGACGCGAAGAAACGGUCCAAGCUGAUCGAGAAGGAGAUGACCGAGCAGGCGAAGAUCAUCAACGACCUGCGGACCCUCGGCGCCAGUCACAGCACCAUCGAGUACGAGAUGAAGAGGCUGAAUGAUUUAGAAGCGUUGGUGUUUAAGGAUUUUAGGAGGGACAUGAUCCAGAAGCUGCGUCGCCAGAGCGUGCGCGCGAGCUCCAUCACCAAGGGCAAGCUCGGGCUCGGCUCCAACAGGAGUCGCUCCUUCGUCGUGCCCACGCCGCCGCAGGAGCGGAAGGACUUUGAGGGUGUGAUGGUGGAGCCCAACCUGGUGAUGACGACGGGCACGGUGGGAGACUCCGGCGAGACGUUGCUGUUGAACGACGAGGACAACCGGCUCGCUGACAUCAUUGAAGGCGGCAGUUGGAGUUCCAUGGAGAGCGAGCCGCUUACAGGUCCGUCCCGCUCGUGGUCGCUGCGCGGCGCGGGCGGCGGCGGGGGGCGCGUGUCUGCGCCCGCGCCGGUGCAGCGCCAGAGCUCGCUGCCCGCGCAGCCCGACCGCUGGCCCGACCUCGACGACGUGCAGCUGCGCAGGAACCACCACGAUGCAUCAACAUCAGAAGCGCUGAGCACGGAAAACAAACAGAACAAAGCGAAGACAGCGGAACCCAACAUCGAUUUCGAACUGGACGUCAAAGUUCACAUCAACAGCGGCAAAUGCGUGCUGCACACCAAGGAACCCGGCAAGGAUGACGAUAUUAAGAUGGCGUGGCGCAUGCGCGUGGGCCGGUCGGCGUCGGGCGGGCUGUCGGAGGGCGGGUCGCCGCCGGCGCGCCGCAAGCGCGUGCACCACCCGCUCGACCUCACCGUGUUCCGCGUGCCCGGCCUGCAUCUCAAGGUUCAUUAUGAAUCAAAAACCUUACCCGACGAAGCUGUGUCGCCACAAAUGGUGCUGAAUCUGCCGCCGCUAAACGUAGCGGGUCCUCGUAAAGUAGGCACAAAGAAGGCAGCGCUCUUCGCUUGGAUCACACUGCAGAGCAUUCCCGAGGAGACCAUCAUCAGCCCACACAUCCUGGAGUUCCUGGAACAAACAUUGGAGCCAAUACCUACGAAAGCGUUCUCAACGCCAACGCCUGACACAGAGAGCGGCCAGGGUCGCGUGUCGCGGGAGGGCGGCUCGUACGGGCAGUACGUGUACGCGUCGUUCCCGGUGGACGUGAUCGUGCACUUCCACAUGCAGCCCAGCACGUUCCGCUUCAGCUGCCUGCCCGCCUCGCGCGUCGAGUGCCUGCUGCAGCUGCCCUCGCUGCAGAUCGUCUUCAGCUCCAAGCGAGCCGGCGAUGAGGAGAUGGCAGAACCAGCAGUAGCCAUGGGCGGUUUAAGCGUCACUGGAUGUCUAGCAGACUUUUCAGUGAACAUGUUCCACCCGUACGGCGGCAAGAAGUCGAGCCUGAAGGAGGCGCAGUGGUCGCCGCUGUCCGACACGGAGCGCAAGGACUCGCUCAGCAUCAACGUGGAGUUCGUCAAAUUCCACCUGUCCAGGUCGAGGAAACUGGACUUCCAGACCGACCAGGAUCAGUCGAAAGCCACUGUUAGAUUUUCCACGAUUGUGGACGUGGGCUGCGCGUGGUUCAAGUACGACAUGCGGCGGCUGGGCGAGAUCCUGUCGUUCCCGCGCGCCUGGUACCGCCGCUCCAUCGUGCGCCGCAUGUUCCUUGGGGACCUCGGCUCGCAUAGGGACCACGGCAGUUCUAGCAACAAUGUGCCAGUGUCGCCAGUAUUGCCACAGAGAGAGAAAACAAAGACUGUUGAUCAUCAAAAAUCUAAAGAUAGCAAAGAGUCGUCGCCGUCGAUGGGCGCGGCGUGGGAGACGCUGGUGCUGUUCGCGGUCAACUUCACGCGUCUCAACGUGCACAUGAACAUGGGCAAUGUCAUGGGCAACGUCAGCUGGCAGUCGCGCGACUUCAACUGCUCGGGGCGGCUGAGCAUCGGCAGCACGGGGCACCGCAACAUGUUGCUCGGCGUGGCGCUGCAGCGCUCCGAACUCGACGCGCGCGGCGGCAUCGUCGGCGGCGCCAUCUCGCUCUCGCACAUCGACACCUACGUGCACAUCUCGGAGGAGCCCGGUCUGAACCCGGCGCACGUGUGCGGCGUGCGGCUGGCGGCGCUGGAGCUGCGCGCCGAGUACAUGGGCACGCCCGCGCUGCUGGCGCGCGUGUCGCGCCUGCGCGCCGCGCUGCGGGACGAGUGGCUCGCGCGCACGCGCCGCGCCGCGCCGCACCCGCACCGACCCACCGCCAGGCCAGCUAUAAUCCUGACGCACGGCACGUUGAGCUGGCACCAGCUGCAGAUCCUGAUGAGUCGCAGCACCACGCCAGACCUGCUCAAGAUGCAGCUUAAACUCGAGGAAUUCUUCACGCAGCAGUUCAAGUCCAGCAAGCGCGUGUUCAGCUCGCUGCAUCCAAACUACCGCAGGGACAAGAGGGAACAAGCACAAGCAACAUCAACGAACGAGGGCCAGCAGACGCACCAAGAGCUCCGCCACCACCGGCACUGGCAGAAAGUGUUGCAACUCGUGUCGGGCAUGCAGUUGUCGACGUUACCGACGCCUCUGCCGGCUAACGGUACGGUGCUGGGCGGUACCAUGGAGCUACACGGCACGAACAUAUCGCUGGCCUGUUUCCAUGGCAACAGUUUCAAGGCCAAGUCCUGGGCGUUGUUCAGCCUGAAGGACCCGUGCAUCAGUUUUGCCACCGAAGCGCAGCAGGUCGCGAAUGAUGAAGAGGAGUUGGAAGUGCACGUGGUGCAGAGUCUAACGGCGAGCCUGGGUGGUGCGGGGGUGGCGCGCAGUGGUGGUGGUGGCGGCCACCAGUCCGUCGCCACCGUGUGCCGCAUGACGCGUGCGCUGCUGUUCCCGCCGCAGUUCAAGACAUUGCGAGAAUGGUUCCAUUAUGCGUUCGCUAACAGCGAGAUCGACGCCAUCGAGAUGUUCCCGUCACUGGAGCGCGAGGCAGGCAUGGGCCCCGGGCCGGGGGCAGGCGCAGGCGCGGCGCCCAGCACGGCGGCGCCCGGGGCGAGCGGCUCGACGGAGCGCAAGGGCGGCGGCGCGGGCGGCGGGGCGGGCGCGGGCGGCGGGGCGGGCGCGGGCGAGCAGCACGUGCGCGAGGUGAUCUUCGCGCUGCCCGCGCUGCAGCUGCACCUGCGCACGCACCACCUGCAGGCCGCGCGCGCGCCCGGCGACGGCGAAGAGAAGCCAGUCGUGGAGUGCAGCUUCAUCACGGAGUUCGAGGAUCACAUAUUCGUGUCGGUGGACGCGGAGGCGUUCCUGUUCCUGCACGAUCUCAUAUCUUCCUACAUCAAGGAGAAAGAUCGCGUUAUGCCCGGAGCUGGUCGGUCAGCGUGGGGAGAGGCGAGCACCAGCGGAGCCAACAACGCAAACAACACCAACAACACGCGGACUCCAAAGCCCGAGGGACUCGCGCAGGACUACAGGGAUUACCGCUGCAUCACCUGGCAUCUGGAGCCGACCGUCAGAUUACUAUCAUGGGCGGGCAAGUCGAUCGAGCCGUACGGCGUGGACUACAUCCUGCAGAAGUUAGGGUUCAGCCACGCGCGGACCACCAUCCCCAAGUGGCUGCAGCGCGGGACCCUCGACCCGCUCGACAAGGUGCUCUCGCUGGCGCUGCUGCGCCUCGUCGCCAUCGUGCCGCACAAGUAACUACACUACAGCGCCAUCUAACGGCACGCGGCGGAACUAGUUCAAUUAUACUCUUACACAGGUCAGGUGCUUUUGAGUGUCAUAUUUGAAGAGUUAUUGGGUGGAAUGACAAGAGAAUUAUGUCUAAUGCCGCCAAAAACUACCUGUCUAGUAAAGCAGGCAAAGUUGAUUAAGCGAUAAGAGGGUUUUCGCCCGAAGGUAAUAAUAUAAUACAAUAAUAGCGGCCAUCUUGUAUUAUCUACGUACAUCUGUUGCUUGCACUUGAGUAUAUCUACUGCGGACAAGCAGUCUUAACAACCUUCCAAGAAACCUAGUUAAAAAUAAUUUGAGUAUUUUCAUUACUAUUGAUAUUAUCUGGUAUAAAAUAAUAUAAAAGAACAUUCCCGUUUGAGAACUGAUUGACAAAUGUAUAUUAUCUUACUAAAAUAUGUGUAAUAUAAUUAAUACCAAAUACAUUACUGCCUUCAAAUAUAAUCACAUUAAUUAAUAAGAUAUGUAGUGAAACGAUUAUUUAUAUAUUCCAACUAUGAGUAGUGAGACGACAUAAAAUGUAUUUCCAUCGAUAUAUAAACGUAGCUACGACCAAUUAAUAAGAUAUCGAUUAAUUUUAUUAGCACCAAUAAAUCGAUAAUGUGUUGUCUCACUAUUCUUAAGUGUAUAAUUAGCAAUAAUGAAUUUAUAUGUUAGACAAAAUUGAAACGAACGAGGGCCUCGUACAAUAAUCGAUAUCACUUGUAAGUAUAUUCAUAUAUGUUCAUUAUAAAGAUGUCCGUACCUUAUCGACAUAUGAAAGUAGUUUAGUGUUGUUACGAAUUUAGAAUAUAAAUUAUAUAUUUUUUGAUUUCCUUAUCGAUAUAUUGUGUAUAUUUUAGGAACAAAAUUAUUUUAUCGAUAUAAAAUUGUAUUCUCGUCAGUUCGUGGUACUUUAUAGCAAAAUUUUCUUUAUUCGCAUUGGAAAGUUAAAAAUUUAAUCUUAGCGAAUAUCGAUAAUUGUAAAAUUAUUAUUGAGAGUGUAAAUAACUAGCACUUUCUUCUUCGUAAAGAAACUGUGUUUACGUAUACUGUGUUAGAAGGAAUCAUAAACUGUUUGUCUGUCUAUAGUCCAUAAAUAUUUUUUUUAUGUAUUGGUUUAUAGGGUAUAUCAAGAUCUAUCAGCAAUAAAAUAAAAAUACUCCGUUUUCAAUAUAGCGGUAAAAGCGGUUCGCGAUUAAAUUGAAAAUAAUCAAUAGCGGAGUAUUAUGUUUUGUUUUGUAACGAAAAUACAAAGACUAUUAUAUGUCUAUAUAGAAAGUAUUUAUGAUAUUAGUGAAAUAUUAUUUUAUCGAAAAGAGAUUCAUGGUCACAUUUUAUGUUUCCAAAAUGAUAGUAAUUACGAGUAAAGAAUUUAUAAUUUUAAAACCCUAAUAAUUCCUUUACCAAUAAUAUUUUUUAUUCCAUAAGUAAUAAAAAUAAAUAACUUCAAGUCAAGACCUCUUAUGUCAAACUUAUCGACUCGUUACAGCCUAUAGAAAAUUAAAAAACAUCACGUCAUGAUGGUUAAAUUAUUUUUAAUUUAUUAUCGGUGUUUGUAGGUGCAAUUUGAGUUAUUUAUUCCGUGGGAGUGGUGGGUUGUGGGAAGUGUAAAGGCGUAUGCACACGACAUCUUAAACGAGCUAAAAACGCGCGAUUUUUAUACACACCUUGAUUUGUAAAAAUAUAAACUGACCAAGAAAACGCAAUCUGCUUGAGGGCGCCACUAUCGCUUAUUUUAUUUUAAAGUUAACGUUGUCAAUAUAAUAAAUUAGUUCGAUAUUUUACCACUACAUGGCGAGGUUUUUUAUUUUUCUGGUCGAAGUACACAGCUCCCGACCAAAUCGCGUUUUAGUUGUACGUUACUUCAGUAUGUUUAAUAACGUGUGCAUAGGCUUCAAACUGUAGCAAUGGACUGAAACUAACUGCUGAUGCGGACAAAUGUAAGGUUAGGUGCUAAUGACACUGGUCAUUGGGUCAUUGGAGGUGUAAUGUGAUUGUAAUGUAGAGAUGUUGUUGUUGCACUGACAAUUAGCUUCAAAACUUAUAGGAAUGCGAGGGUUGGAUGGUUUACAUUAAAAUUGCCGGGUUACAACAAUUCAUUUAAAAGAACAGAACAUAUGGUUGCCUUGCUCUACAGAGGAGACUACCUAUACAUCAUACAUCUUUGUUAAAAUAUGCCAAGAUAAGUAUGCAUUACAAUGCCAUACAGUAUUUUGUCUUUGUAAUGUGAUCUAUAGGCGAGAAAAUCUUUUUUUUAUUGCUUUAUAUGACGAGACUAGCUUACCGUUCGCCUGAUGGUAAGCGAUACGAUCGCUUAUAAACAGUAGAAACACCAUCCAACACCUUUAAUUACAAAGUAUUGUUCGGUUUUCCACUGCGCUCACCAUCCUGAGACAUGAGAUGUUAAGUCUUAUGUCCAGUAGUUACACUGGCUAGUAUUUCGAAAUUUGAUUGUUUGUUUUUCUAAUUCUAUUUUAUAUCUUACAAAAUGUAUAGUAUUGGAUACACACAUGUCUAACUAUUGAUGUUACAGUCAGUGCAACAAUACGAUCGAUUAUUUUGCGUUGCAAAAGAUUUAGUUUUAUAUAUAUUUAGGAUCACAUUGAAAUGGGCUUUACUGUACGAAAUGUAAUUAUUGUAUUUGAUAAUUUGUAAAUAAUGUAUGUGAUAUAAAUCAAUAAAUUAUAUUAGAGUAUUA